UUAAACGAUGAGUCGAUACUCCUUCCUCUGCAAGCUAUGGAAGCAAAUAGAAUUGUAGCGAAUUGUAGCGGUGGGUUUCAAUUUUAAAAAGUAGCUGCUUCUUCUAACAGCAAAAGAAUUAGAGAAGCAGAAGAAGAAGGGGAAAGAAAAAUGACGGAGGAAAUCAAGUUGAGCGUGGUAGUGAGCCUCUUCUCUUGGAUCCAGAAAAGCAAAACAUCAGCCAAGAAGCGGUCCAAGUUUCGAAAAUUCCUAGACACCUUUUGCAAGCCUUCCGACUACUUCAGCGCCAUGCGGCUUAUCCUUCCGUCGCUGGACAGAGAGCGUGGCACAUACGGCCUCAAGGAAUCGGUGCUCGCCAUCUGCCUCAUUGACGCUCUUGGCAUGUCCAGGGACUCCCCCGAUGCUCUCCGUCUUAUCAAUUGGCGCAAAGGUGGUGCAAACACCGGCGCCAAUGCUGGAAACUUCGCUCUUGUCGCCGCUGAGGUUCUGCAGCGUAGGCAGGGAACGGCUUCCGGUGGACUCACCAUCAAGGAAUUGAAUGACUUGCUUGAUCGCUUAGCUUCUGCUGAAAGCAGGGCCGAGAAGACAACAGUCCUUUCUUCUUUGAUUAAUAAGACAAAUGCACAGGAAAUGAAGUGGAUUAUCAUGAUAAUUCUAAAAGAUCUCAAGUUGGGAAUUAGUGAAAAAAGCAUAUUUCACGAAUUUCAUCCAGAUGCCGAAGACUUGUUUAAUGUCACAUGUGACCUAAAAAUGGUUUGUGAGAAGUUGAGGGAUCGUAGUCAACGUCAUAAGCGUCAGGACAUUGAGGUUGGAAAGGCUGUGCGACCGCAACUAGCUAUGAGAGUCCGUGAUGCAGCUGCUGCAUGGAAAAAGCUUCAUGGUAAGGAGGUACUUGUUGAGUGUAAAUUUGAUGGCGAUCGCAUUCAAAUCCACAAAAAUGGAACUGAGAUACACUACUACUCCAGGAAUUUUCUUGAUCACUCUGAAUAUGAGCGUGGGAUGUCAAACAUUAUUGCACAAAAUAUUCUGGUUGAUAGGUGCAUACUUGAUGGAGAAAUGUUAGUUUGGGAUACCACUUUGAGUCGGUUUGCUGAGUUUGGAUCAAAUCAAGAAAUAGCCAAGGCAGCAAAAGAUGGCCUUGACAGUGACAGACAGUUAUGCUAUGUUGCAUUUGAUAUUCUUUAUGUUGGAGACACUAGUGUCAUUCACCAGAGCUUGAAGGAACGGCAUGAACUUCUUCAAAAGGUGGUGAAGCCUUUGAAGGGUCGUUUAGAGAUUUUAGUGCCUUAUGGUGGUCUUAAUGCUCAUCGCCCUCCUGGGGAGCCUUGUUGGUCAUGUCUUGCGUACAGUGUGGAUGAUGUGGAGAGAUUUUUCAAAGAAACGAUUGAAAAUAGGGAUGAAGGUAUUGUGUUAAAAGACCUUGGUUCCAAAUGGGAACCAAGUGAUAGAAGUGGGAAGUGGUUGAAGUUAAAGCCUGAGUACAUUCAUGCUGGUUCUGACUUAGAUGUUCUCAUUAUUGGAGGAUAUUAUGGCUCUGGACGUCGAGGAGGGGAGGUAGCUCAAUUCUUAGUUGGCUUAGCAGAUCGUCCAGACCCAAAUGCUUAUCCCAGGCGAUUUGUAUCCUUCUGCAGAGUUGGUACUGGGCUGGCUGAUGAUGAAUUGGAAGCUGUUGUAAACAAAUUGAAGCCUUAUUUUAGGAAAUAUGAAUACCCAAAGAAGACGCAACCUAGUUUUUAUCAAGUUACAAAUAACUCAAAAGAGAGACCUGAUGUUUGGAUUGAAAGCCCGGAGAAAUCAAUCAUUCUUUCUAUCAACAGUGAUAUCCGGACCAUAAGGUCUGAGGUAUUUGCUGCACCAUACAGCCUGAGAUUUCCACGUAUCGAUAGAGUGAGAUAUGACAAGCCUUGGCAUGAGUGCCUUAAUGUGCAAUCAUUUGUAGAACUUGUGCAUUCAAGUAAUGGUACCACUCAGAAAGGGACAGUACAGGGAGAUGUGCAAGAUGGUAAAUCAAGACACAAGGAACACACUAGAAAGGCAGAGAAAAAGGCUGUCUCAAUCGUUCCUUCUCAUUUUAUUCAAACUGACACAUCUAGUGUGAAGGGGGAAACCUUAAUAUUUACAAAUCUUAUUUUUUACUUUGUUAAUGUGCCUACAACCUAUUCUCUUGAUUCAUUUCACAAAAUUAUUGUGGAGCAUGGGGGAAUGUUCUCAAUGAAUUUGAACAAGCCAGUUACCCAUUGUGUUGCGGCUGAAAGCAAAGGGUUUAAGUAUCAGGCAGCAAAGCUUCAUGGAGAAAUUAUCCAUUACUCUUGGGUCUUGGAUUGUUGCUCACAAAAGAUGCUUCUUCCUUUACAGCCAAAGUACUUUCUUUUCCUUUCUGAAUCAUCAAAAAAGAAGUUACAGCAAGAAGUUGAUGAAUAUUCUGACCCUUAUUAUUGGGACCUUGACCUUGCAGAUAUCAAACAGCUCUUAAACAAUAUCCAAAGGUCAGAAAAUGCCAACACGAUUGACUAUUAUAGAAAGAAGUACUGUCCAAAGGAGAGGUGGUCAAGUUUUCAUGGCUGCUCUGUUUACUUCUACUGUUCAGCUCAGUCAUUGAAAGCUGAUUGGCAAGUCUUGUUGAGACUCACACUGAGGAGGUUAAAGCUUGAAGUUUUAAUGGGUGGUGGCAAAAUCAGCAAGGAUCUCAAGCAUGCUACCCAUUUGGUAAUCCUAUCAGUGCCAGGAUUGGAUGUGGACUUUGAUUCUCUUAUUAAGAGUUUUUCUUGUGCAGAGAAACAUCUUUUCUGGAAGAAGGGGUUACAUGUUGUGGGAUCUCAGUGGCUGGAGGAUUGCUUAGAGAGGGGACAAAAGUUACAAGAAGACCUAUAUAGUUUGAAACUCAGUGAAGUUGAAGAAACAAACUUGUUAGAAUGUGAAUUAGACCAAAAUCUGAAGGAAGCCAUACCAGAUUUCAACAGUGUUCAAAACCAGGUUAUGCCUGUUUCUUGUGAAAGUCCAAUAAAACAGAGAGGCUGCAAAGUUCACCUGCAAGAAUCAAUGCCAUUGGUCACUCCUAAUUAUGGCAACAGGAAAAGAAGACCUGCUGGCAAGAAUGCAAAGAAAGGAAAAACAGUGGUAAGCCAAUGUCGAAGGGUACCGAGACGUUGUGGAAAGAUGUCUGUUAAGAUAAAUGAAGAUGAAUCAGAAGAAAGUGGUUCUGACGACAAAACAAAUGUGGAAGAGAUAGAAAAGGGUGAAGGGAAUACUGAAGGCUAUGGAAUCGUUGGUAGGGAAAAUUCUGAGAUUCGACGAAAUCAAGUAGCAGAAGAUAUAGAAUUAUCAUGCAGCGCCAAGCCAGUUGAACUGGAGGCUGCAGAAAAUAUGAGUAAAGAGUGGUCUGAUAAAGCUCCCGAGGUUGAGAUGUGUGAACCAAAUAAUGACCAAAGCUGCAAGAAAGCUGAGAAGUACGACCUUAUGGAACUGGAUCAAGAGAAUUGUGGUGCGAAGUCAGAAAAGCUAGAAGUUAUGGUUGAUCCGGUUCAGGCCAUGUUACUGGACAUGAUACCAAGCCUCGGGAUCAAGCAUGUUGAAGCUACAAACUCAUUCGUUGAGAAUGAAAAGCCACCUGCAGAUAACAAUGCUGAGAUUCCAGUGGUAGAGGAUGAUAAGCUAGAUGCAGAUUUUAUUGCACCGCCAGUAAAGAAAAAGAAAGUAAGUUACAAGGAUGUCGCUGGAGAACUACUCAAGGAUUGGUAAAAGGUUGUGCUUUGCAUGGUUUUGUACAUAGCUGUCUUAUCAGUCCGUGUGCAGCAUGUAAAUCGUGGGACGACAAUAGUUUUGUGUUAUUCCAACCUUACUUGUACCCUUCAUGUGGUAUACUUAUUCCAUGUGUAUGCUUGCAUUCCUAAUCAUGCUAGAGUGCUAAUCAGGUUUUUGGUUAAUAUCUCCUUCCCGGAAAACAAGGGAAUGUGCUUCCCUAGGACGAGGUGGGACAGUAGUUUUUUUCAAGCUGUGGUAUUAAACAAGACAAAUUUGCCUUUCGGGCAUCUUUA